AUGACGGACCCAAAUGCCUUCACGUCCCCUUUCCAAGCCACCAAAUCCAUAAGGCGGGAAAUCUAUCCGGCCAUCGACCCCAAGAACCCCGACUUAAGUGCCAAAGGAAAGACCGUCCUGAUCACUGGAGCAGGCGGCGGCAUAGGCGGCGAAGUAGCACGCGCAUGGGCGAUCGCAGGUGCAAAAGGCAUCGUACUCGUUGGCCGCAACAAGUCGCUUCUCGAAGAGCCUGCCGCUGCCAUCGAUUCCAUCAGUUCCAGCACGAAAGUGCUCGGUCUAACCGCUGAUCUCACGAUCGAAUCUGAUGUUGAAAACCUAUUCAAACAGGCCUUGGAAAGCUUGGAAACCAUUGAUGUGGUAGUCCAUGCUGUCGGUAUCAUGGGGGAUGGAGCUGUCGGCGACACGGAGCCUAGUAAGUGGUUCAGGGACUUCGAGGUUAAUGUGAAGGGGUCGUACGUACUUGUUCACUACUACCUCAAGGCGGUGGGUUCGGGGACGUUCAUCAAUAUGGGAACGCUGGCUGCUGCUAUCACGUUUCCUGGUAUAAGUGCCUACUCUGGGAGUAAAUUGGCUUUGGUGAAGUUGAGCGAGUACCUUGAUGCUGAGAAACCGAACUUGCGCGUCUUCACUGUUCACCCUGGAAUCGUCGCUGAAACGAAGAGCGGUCGUGGAAGUGUCGUCGAAACUUUCAAGCCCUACGCACACGACCAAGGGAUACAGACUGGUGGUCUUUCGCUCUACCUUGCGCAACCCAAGGCGGAUUUCCUGCGUGGAUCGUUCAUCAGUGUUAAUUGGGAUGUAGAGGAAUUGGAAGCGCAUAAGGGGGAGAUCACUGAGAAGAAACUACUUAAGCUCUCUUUUCUUGGUGCUCAACUUGGUCCUGAGGGUCACCCUUGGUCCACGUGAACGGGAGAUUUUGAAAUCAAAAGUAGAUAAUGGUUUCAGUGCGUUCAGCUACCUUGUGUCGCAUUGCCUUCUUCAUUCCAGAUAGG